CUUCAGUCAUCUGUUAAACUCUCUUUACCGAACUGGCGUUAAUCCUGGUUGGGUUGAGUCAACAUGCUUCCUAAACUAUGCUACCUUUUGUUCUUUUUGUUUCUGGGCCUCGUCGCGGCCAACCCUAUGAGCCUUGAGGAAAGAGGUCUAAAAAAGCCUCCAACCGAAGGCGCAAAGGGCAAAGAGCCCGAGAAAACCAAAACCGUCGGGAUCCAAAAAUUCGAGAUUAAAAACCCAAACGAUAGCAAAUCCAAGGCCAAAUUCCUUGUCUUUGGCUCCCGCAUCACCUUCACAGACACAAAAGAAGCAAAAUCGAUUACCGAUGGCCAUAUCGUAGGACUGGCGCAAGCCGCCUUCAAAGAGAUGACGUCCACAAAGAUCCCCAGUAAGGUCAAGAUGCCAACUGUGAUGAGUGCACUGCAGGUUGGAAACGAGGUGUUCCUUGCGUCCAGCAUGACGGGUGGUUGGGGCACAUACAUCUACACGGCGUUUGAAGGCCAGCGUCCGGUCCCCCCUACUGGUCAAAAUACUGGGGCGGAGGCUUACGGAGAAUUUACCAACGUUCUAACGGAGAAUGCACCAGAUGUCAGAGAUGCCUUGCAAGCCUGCAGUAUCAAAGCCGUGGAUCAGCACGGCAGGAGGGAUUGGGAAUUAACAAACACGACGGAAGCUUCGAUCACCGGUCAGGGGUUGAUGAAUACUAAGCAAAGUGGAGAGAGCCUUCUCCCACGGGGCCCCGACGAAAACAUAAUCCAGCAUAGGUUUAAUGCCAACUGCGGAGAGAUCAUGGCCUCUCUUGCGUAUCGGAUGACCCAUAACAAAAAGACGGAUAAGCUGAGACACUUGACGCCGAAGCCCAAGAUUGUUGCAUGGGAAAAGACCAAGGUGGGGGAAAAUAUCAAACCCCCUUGUGAGCACAAAGAUGGCAACAAAGAGGAGGAUAAAUGCGGCGAGGGUUGGGGUUGUGGGGCGUUCACGGGGAAGGCCGGCAUGGAUUUUGAAGUGAUUAAACCUGAGGUGAAGCCGAUUGACGUGAACGACGCAGCGUUCCCUAAGUUCAAAGUUCACGCUGUGGAUUUCCCCAAGCUCAAGAAGUCUGAAAAGAAGACUCCCAAGCCUUCUGGCCACCAGAAAUCCUGA